AUGUUUUCCAUUGAUAUUGAUCCAUAUAAUAUAAUACUUAUAUCAAUAGUAGUAUUAUUUCUACAAAAAAUAGUUUCAAUUAUAGGCAAACAAACAAUUCAAAAUCAUAUCUCAAAUUUUUAUUUCACUCAUGUAAAUAAAAAUUCAUCAUUUAAAGAAUAUACAACAAAACAACAUGAAUUAUCUCAAUUGAUUAAACAACAAAAAUCUAUAAGUGCUCAAGAUGAAUACGCCAAAUGGACCAAAAUUAAUAGAUCAAUAGACAAAUUGAAACAAGAAUUAAUUAAAUUACAAGAAAUAAAUUCAUUAGAAAAAUCAUCAAUUGAUAAUAUAACUAAAAUUGCAAUUACUAUCAUUACAACAAUACCGAUUUGGUUUUUAAGAAUAUUUUGUAGGAAAAAUGCAUUAUUUUAUUUAAGAACUGGUAUUUUUCCUAAUUAUUUAGAAUGGAUAUUAGCAUUACCAUUUUUUAAAAGUGGUAUAAUUGGAUUAACUUGUUGGAUGUUUUGUGUUAAUUAUGUUUUAGAUAAUUUAGUAUUUCUUAUUAAAUUUCCAUUUGAAAAUUCAAUUUCUAAACCAAUUGCACCAAGCAAAGAUGAGGAAUCAACCAAAGUAAAAGAGAUUAAAUAA